AUGUCGAACCCGAGGAGAUUUGCCGCUAGUGUGUCAACUGUUGCUGAGAGCGCUUCCGACAGUAUUAGUUUACCAGAAGUAACAGUACCGAUCUCACGGGCACUUAGCACCGUGGAGCGGCGCGGGGAGAAGCGUACUCGCUCGCCUGAUCCGACCGAUAAAAGCAGCGAAGACAGUGACGUUCCGCUGUGGCUCCGAGGCGCGGAAACCUCAGAAUCCGACGAAGACGAUAGUCCUGCUGCGUCUACGCCUGUAGCGCCUACCCCGAUUAGUCGUACGCCGCGACACAGUCCAAUCGGUCCAAAGGCUAGCACUCGGUCAGGAGUGAAUAUAGCGGAUGAAGGAAACCCUGCGGAUAAUGUCUCUAGCAAAAGCUUGCCCGCUAAGGCAAACCAGAUCGAGGUAGUAGAUCUCACGAACGUGGGACGAAUGCCUCCCCCUCCUCAUCCAGUCGAGAGGCUUAUGCAGUCAGAAAGCCCGGCCCCAAGGUCGACAGCCAAUUUUGGGGCGUUAUACGACAAGGGGGAUAUGCUCACUGCGGAUAGACAUACACGCAUGCAGGAAUGGAUCGCGACGGCUGAAGUGGCCCACCUAAGUCAGGCACCUGUCUCACGAUCGCAUGAAGGGUUAAGGAGAUCUUCAUCGCUUAUAUCAACAGAUCCUCGAUUUGUGCAUCUCACUGAGAGGACGCCGAGAGAAUCUCGCGGGCGCCCUAAUGAUAGGUCGACGACAAGUAGUAGUCGGCCCCGACAGAGAUCUAGCGUCCUAGCCGAUCUGACUACCGCCGCCCGGCUAGAGCGCAGUGUAGACUGGGCCUCGGUGAUGGAUGAGGGAUCAUCGACAACAAGCAGACCGUCGAGAGAAUCCGAGCGGGCUUCACUAGCACUAACCGAUAUAACGGAGCCAUUAAGGGAUAAAGCGCCAACCAGCCGACGGCCGCAGCCCCGUGCAAGGUUUGCGGCACCGGUCUUGCAGGCGAAUCUCAAGAGAGAGGAUAAGCUAAUCGACGAGUGUGUCCGACAACUAUCUAAUAGUCGCCCAAAGCCGCCGGAUCCAAAGAAGCGACGACGGGAGCGGGUGCUAUGGUCCCGUGAGGAGAUUGCGGCCCUGAUACGGCUAUGGUGCGUCCACGGAAAUUCCUGGGCGUGGAUUAAGGCAGAGGAUGAGAAUGCUAUAAGACCUGUGUUGUAG